GGCCGGGGAGCGCGGGCGCGCGGCGGAGCGGCGACGGCGUCGGCGUCGGCGCGCGCUCCAGGCCGCGGCUGUGUGGGCUGGGGAGGGAGCGAGGCGGUGGCGGCGCCCCAGAGCCGAGGGGACGCGCGGGCCUCGCGAGGCAGGAGCAGACGGCGGUGGCUGAGAAGACUCAAGGCCGAGGCAGGAGAGCUCAGCCUCUCCCUUGCGCGCCUCAGAGGCGCCGGUCGCUUUCCCCGCCCGGACUAGCUGCAGCCCCUGGAGACUUCACCGUGACGCGGGCCUAAGGCGCUGCGGCCGCGAUCAUCCGGGCUGUUCCGACCCGUCGGGCCGGGGCGGGUGGGGACGAGUCCGGGCAGGUGCAGCCCUCAGAGGGCCGGCGGGGCGAGGCGCCCCCCGCCCCCCGCGCAGCUUGCGGGCAGGGCUCGGAGCGGCCGCCCGCGCGUCCCCCGCCGCGGGCCGGAGCCGAGUCGCCGCCCCGCCUUCUCCGGGGACCGAUCGCCCGCCCGCCCGGCGGGAGCAGCCGGGACCCCGCGCCCGGGCUCGCGCGGCAGAGGAGGGCGGAGAAACUUUGCCUUUCAUUGUUGUCUCUAGCCCUUAAGUGCGGGGAACCCACCGUUGGGAGGAAAAAUGUCCUUCUUCAAUUUCCGUAAGAUCUUCAAGUUGGGGAGCGAGAAGAAGAAGAAGCAGUACGAACACGUGAAGAGGGACCUCAACCCCGAGGAGUUUUGGGAAAUUAUAGGAGAACUGGGCGACGGAGCCUUUGGGAAAGUGUAUAAGGCCCAGAAUAAAGAGACAAAUGUUUUAGCUGCUGCAAAGGUGAUUGACACCAAAUCUGAAGAAGAACUAGAAGAUUAUAUGGUUGAGAUUGAUAUAUUAGCAUCUUGUGAUCACCCAAACAUAGUCAAGCUUCUAGAUGCCUUCUAUUAUGAAAACAAUCUUUGGAUCCUCAUUGAAUUUUGUGCAGGUGGAGCAGUAGAUGCUGUGAUGCUUGAACUUGAGAGACCAUUAACUGAGUCACAAAUACAAGUAGUUUGCAAGCAGACUUUAGAGGCAUUGAAUUACUUACAUGAUAAUAAAAUCAUCCACAGAGAUCUAAAAGCUGGCAACAUUCUUUUUACCUUAGAUGGAGAUAUUAAAUUGGCGGAUUUUGGAGUAUCAGCUAAAAACACAAGGACAAUUCAAAGAAGGGAUUCCUUUAUUGGCACACCAUAUUGGAUGGCUCCUGAAGUAGUCAUGUGUGAGACAUCGAAGGACAGGCCCUAUGACUACAAAGCUGAUGUUUGGUCCCUGGGUAUCACUUUAAUAGAAAUGGCUGAGAUAGAACCACCUCAUCAUGAGUUAAAUCCAAUGCGAGUGCUGCUAAAAAUAGCAAAAUCUGAGCCCCCAACAUUAGCACAGCCAUCAAGAUGGUCUUCAAAUUUUAAGGACUUUCUAAAGAAAUGCUUGGAAAAGAAUGUGGAUGCCAGGUGGACUACAUCUCAACUACUGCAGCAUCCCUUUGUUACUGUUGAUUCCAACAAACCCAUUCGAGAACUGAUUGCAGAGGCAAAGGCUGAAGUAACAGAAGAAGUUGAAGAUGGCAAGGAGGAAGAUGAUGAUGAGGAAGCAGAAAAUUCUCUGCCAAUACCUGCAAGUAAGCGUGCCUCCUCUGAUCUCAGUAUUGCCAGCUCUGAGGAAGAUAAACUUUCACAAAAUGCUUGUAUUUUGGAAUCCGUCUCAGAAAAAACAGAACACAGUGCUUCUGAAGAUAAAUUUAGCAACAAAAUUCUUAAUGAAAAACCCACCACUGAUGAACCAGAAAAGGCUGUGGAGAGUACUAAUGAAUAUGUAAAUGAUGCUAAUUUAGAAGCUAUGCUUGAACUCCAUGAUAAAACAACAGAAAUUCAGGAGAAUGGAAGGGAGAAGAAGAGACCCAAGCUUGAAAAUUUACCUGACAAAGACCAAGAAACUGUGGAUAUUAAAUCAGUCAGUGAAGGAAGAGAGAAUAAUAUAACAACUUUAGAAACAAAUAUUAAACAUAAUCUGAAACCUGAGGAAGAAAGAGAUCAAGAAAAGCAACAGGUAUUUGAAAAUAAACUUACAGAAUCUGAAGAAAUUAAAGAUACUUUGAUGGAUUUAGUGUCUCAAGAGGCUGGAGAAACAGAAGCAGAUAUCCAGGCAAUUGAUAAUGAAGUUAAGCUUACAAAGGAAGAUACCCAAGAGAACUUAGGAAAAGAUGAUAAAACUCAAACAGAUGUGAUCAGCAAUACAAGCAGUGUGGUAGGAACUGAUGAAGCAAUCGAUGUUGCUCAGAAGGCAGUUGAAAAUAAUACUGAAGAUGCUCAGAGUAAGAAUGGGAAAAAAGGGGUUGAAGAAGCCCAGAAAUUAAUAAAUAAGCCUACGGAGGGUCCUAUGACUGGUGGUACAGAGGAAGUACCUCCUGUUGAAGAAAUAGUUGAGCCUAAGGAGAUAGAUCAAACAGCUGUAGAAAGUAAAACUGAGGAGCAGUUAAUCAACAGUUUGGAGAACAUAUCGGAGGCCAAUGAAGAACCAGUGGCACAUGAAGUUGAGGAAGUUCCUGAGUCAAAUAGCACUGAAGAAAUAGAAGUCAAAAGGACAGUGAUUGAUACUGAUGAAAAGGCUCUUGAAAGUGAAAUUCAGGUUGUUCAUGAAGCUACUGCUCAGAUAGAUACAGAGAAAAAAGAAAUUCCACACGAAGUGCCAAUUCAAACAGAACCUCAAGUUCCUGCAGCUUCACAGCCUAGUGAACCUCAGCCUGUCCCAAUACCCAGUAUUAAUAUCAACUCUGAAGAUACAGAAAAUAAAGGAGAAAUAGGUGCUUUCUCAAAAACAGAAACAAUUCUGCAACCAGAACCUGAGAAUCAAAAGGAAAAUGAUACUGAUUCAGGUACUGGUUCUACUGCUGAUAAUAGCAGCAUUGACUUGAAUUUAUCCAUCUCUAGCUUCCUAAGCAAAACUAAAGACAGUGGAUCAAUAUCUUUACAAGAAACAAGAAGACAAAAGAAAACACUGAAGAAAACACGGAAAUUUAUUGUUGAUGGUGUAGAAGUGAGUGUCACGACGUCAAAGAUAGUUACAGAUAGUGAUUCCAAAACCGAGGAAUUGAGGUUUCUCAGACGUCAAGAACUUCGAGAAUUAAGGUUUCUUCAAAAAGAAGAGCAGAGAGCCCAACAGCAGCUCAAUAGCAAACUGCAGCAGCAACGAGAACAGAUUUUCCGGCGCUUUGAGCAAGAAAUGAUGAGUAAAAAGCGACAAUAUGACCAGGAAAUUGAGAAUCUAGAAAAGCAACAGAAACAGACUAUUGAACGACUAGAACAAGAACACACAAAUCGCUUGCGAGAUGAAGCCAAACGCAUUAAAGGGGAACAAGAAAAAGAGCUUUCCAAAUUUCAGAAUAUACUAAAGAACCGGAAGAAGGAGGAACAAGAAUUUGUACAGAAGCAACAACAAGAAUUAGAUGGCUCUCUGAAAAAGAUCAUCCAACAGCAGAAGGCAGAAUUGGCCAAUAUUGAGAGAGAGUGCCUGAAUAACAAACAGCAGCUCAUGAGAGCUCGAGAAGCUGCAAUUUGGGAACUUGAAGAACGGCACUUACAAGAAAAACACCAGCUGCUUAAGCAGCAACUUAAAGAUCAGUAUUUCAUGCAAAGACAUCAGUUACUUAAGCGCCAUGAGAAGGAAACAGAGCAAAUGCAGCGUUAUAAUCAACGACUUAUUGAGGAAUUGAAAAAUAGGCAAACUCAAGAAAGAGCAAGACUGCCCAAGAUUCAGCGCAGUGAAGCUAAGACUCGAAUGGCCAUGUUUAAGAAAAGUUUGAGAAUUAACUCAACUGCCACACCAGAUCAGGACCGUGACAAAAUCAAACAGUUUGCUGCACAAGAAGAAAAGAGACAGAAAAAUGAGAGACUGGCUCAGCAUCAAAAACAUGAAAACCAAAUGCGGGAUCUUCAGUUGCAGUGUGAAGCCAAUGUCCGAGAGCUGCAUCAGCUGCAGAAUGAAAAGUGCCACCUGUUGGUUGAGCAUGAGACUCAGAAACUCAAGGAGUUAGAUGAGGAACACAGCCAAGAAUUAAAGGAGUGGAGAGAGAAAUUGAGACCUAGGAAAAAGACACUGGAAGAAGAGUUUGCCAGGAAGCUGCAGGAACAGGAAGUGUUCUUUAAAAUGACUGGGGAAUCGGAAUGCCUUAACCCAUCCACACAGAGCCGGAUUUCCAAAUUCUAUCCUAUUCCUAGCUUGCAUUCUACUGGAUCAUAACAAUGGGAAGCAUUCUGGGUCCAGUUUGGCUUUUUAAAUAUGUCAUUCUGUUCUCUUCAUCUUCAUCACAGUCUGUAUCACUCACGAAGACAAUCACCUGCUUUGCCUUCUAGGUGUUUUUGUUUUUGUUUUUUAAAACAAAGAUGAAGGGAAAAUGAAUUAAGACAGAUACUAGGCCAUGUUGGCAGAGUAGCAUUUUGCAGUAAUUCCCUAAGGUGAUUUUGUAUAUUAACCUUAAAUAUUGUAUUCUUUGGACACUGUUACCGAAAAACUGUUAGAGAAAUAUUGUUUAAAGUUAUUAAAAAAAAACCUGUUACAUCAUUAAGUAUUAAUAAAUAUCUUUUUACUGGUUCUAAUUUCUCAAUGAUGCUUAAAUUCUAUAGUUGGACCUCUGCCAUAGAGUUGGAAAAAUUUUCUUUUGGUGAAUCAGCUCUCAUAAAAAAGCUAUGUGUUGCUCAAAAUAGGCUAUUGAUUCAAUAAAUAAAUAUAUUUUAUCAUUAAAUAGGAACAAACUUUUAAAAGAGAAAAAUUAUUUCAGUAAUUUGUCAAACAUUUGCCUACUUAGGCAGGAGCUAAUAAUUGAGGUGCUAGUUUUAUUAAGAUAGUGCCUAAAACACUACAUUUCAGUUACAUCUGAAAUAGGAUUUUUCUCUUUGAUCAACACCCUUAGCAUUAUAAAAUUACUGCUCUUAUUAGUACUUCAUGGAAAAUUUCAUCCUAAAACAUGUUAUACAAAGUUUGGAAAGAUGAAGAAACCUAGCUUGUAAAUGUGCAAACUGGAAAUGUAAAAUUCAUCAUGUUAAAAGUAGUAUAGAUUUAGCUGUCCUAUUUUAUUUCCCAAAAUAAUACAUGAGCUGGUUAAAUGACUUUCUCCAUCUUAACAAUCUAUUCAUUUAAAACUCUUAGAGAUCUGUAGGCUCUGAGUUAUAUUUAUAACUACAAUUAAUCUUAAAAGAAGCAUUUGUUCAGAAUGCUUUUUUUAAAAGGAUUUAAAUUAAAUAGCCACACAUCAAAAAUGUCUUUUUUGUUGUUUUGAGAUGAGGUUACUUAAGUACAUUUUGUUUUUAUUUUGUUCCAUGAUUAAAUUAUUUACUUUGAGUGGGAAAAGCUUGAAACUUUUAUCAUCUGGUUUCUGACAUGUGAAAUUAUUAAUGAAAUGUUCACUCCUAGUCCCUCUGAGGCUUAGAAUUUCAACUGUGUGUCAGGUCAAACAGUAUUAUAAACUGAACUGUGGUGUGUGAGGCUGCACAUUUGUAAAUGACACUCACUGCCUUCUGUUUGCAACCUAUUCUCUCUGAAGAGUGCUAGGUACCAAAUUGUAAACGUUUCAAUUUCUAGUUAUAUUACUUUUGGGGCUGGUGAAGAUUUAGAUGUAUUGUUGUGGGAACAUUGAUUCAUAUUAAGAAAAUGUAAAUGUCUGUAGUACUUUCUUGCAGUUAAUUUGAAAACUUUGGAUGCUGAGCUUUAUUUUAUCAGUGAAUUAAAUGAUUUAAAAAUGCAUGUGUAAUUUUAAUUUUGUAAUUGUUUCCCUAAGCAGAAUUUGCUUGGACAACUUUGUAGGUAGCCUUAACUUUUGGCCAAGCUUGUUUUUUAUAUAAAUAUAUAUACAUAUAUAUAUAUAUACACACACACACACAUUAUGUAUGGUUGUAAAUUCAUACACUUACCACAUGAAUGUGUUAUUGUAUGCAAAACUCUUAAUGCUUUAUUCUUAAAUGCUGGGUUAAACUGUUUUGAAAGCCUUUAAAAUAUAUAUCUUUAUAAAUUAAUAUUCAGGAUGAUGAUGGAAAUUGUUUAUAUUAUUAUGAUAAAAAUGACAGCAUAGUGUUGCCCUGUGUAUUUAAUGAUUUGUUUGAAGAGGGAGGGGAGAAGGCUCUUACACCACUUUAUUUGAGAUUUUCAGUUUGUUGGCUUUUCAAAAAUGAAUACUUCUGUCAGUGGACAUUUUUUCAGUAUCACUUAAAUAAUUUCAGACCUAAUGUGGUUGGAAUAGUUGGUUCUUCCUGCUCCUUUCUAUUUCGGAGUAUUGAAUCCAGGAAAGAGGCCUGAGCGAGGCUGCUGACACUCAGUCUUGCAUCUCCCUUAAACCUGCCUUUCAGAUUCACUGUUCAGCCUGAGUUUUCUUUCAGACGUUACCGUAUUCAUAUGUGUGCAGGACUAUGCAAUGAUACAUAUGUAGAGGGGAACAUCCAUCUCUUAAUACUUCAGAUAUAGAAGUCAGUUCAAAAAGGGUUUUGUGAUAGAAUAUGCUGUUUGUACCCACACUUCCUGCUUCUGGUACGGCCUUAUAAUCAAAUAGAUGAAAGUGAUCUUUCUUGCAUGAAGAAGAGGUGAGGAGUGAGUGAGGGGCACAGACUUCUUUCAAAUCUAGAGUACAGUCAAACCUGUUCCCAAGUAGGUUUGUUUGCUGUUGGCAGAAUGAACCAUGUAGUGUAUAAAAGGAAUUUUCCUAUGUGCACCCUAAAUAGUCCCCUCUUCUCUUUUCCAUGCAUGUUGUGGACACACCAGACCUCCACACUUCUGCAGGUCUGGCUCCUAGAGUUCGGGCAGCAGGCUGCCUUUCCUAGUCCUGUCAGUCCAGGGUAUGGAUUGCUGAAUUAGCUGCUGUUCUAGAUGGAGUCACAUGAAGCUUUUUCUUACCCUUUUCUAUGGGGAACCUACAAGUUGGUUAAAAGGACAUUCAGAGUGCUUUUACUUUGCUGAAAAGUUUGGCACCUUCCUAUGACAGGACUCAGUAAAUUAUAAUUAAAUAUAACCAGAACCAGAGCUACCUCUAAGUAGUGUUUCCUUAAGCACAAAGCUCUCAGGCAUAUGAGACCCUCUUUAAUGGAGUGUCUCUGAUUUCUUGAGCAUCAGCAAGUUUCAGAAGUGGCUGUUUUUUGUACUGUUCCAGUUCCCUUGUAACUAUAUACUUUUUUCCCAUGACAAAGACUUUCCUGAGAAGACAGAUUAUUAACUAGAAAUAUUGUCAAUUAAAAGAAACAGAACUGGAGUGGAAGAAGAGAGUUCCAGUUCUAAUAGUCUUCUGAGUAAGUAAAUCAUGCUCUUCUGGGAAAUUAUCUUUUGUAGGAAAUGAGGUGAUAUUUUAAUGCUUUUCUUACAUAGAAGGCUGCUACUGUUGCUCUCCCAUGGCUGAUUGGUUUUGAUAAUGCUUUCAAAUUUCUGCUUCGAAGCUUCAAUAGUGUUUUAUCAAUUUUAAAUAUUGGCUGCAGUUUAAAAUGUGAUCUUUUGUAGUAAAAUGAGUUCACGUGCUGAAUUUUCAGAAAGAAACUUGUUUUGGUUAUGCCACUUGUCUAUUUGGGAUCAGUCUGUCUUUUCAGUCAUAGC